CGCCCCAGCGUGCACAUGGCGCUGGUGCACGGCGUGAGCCGGCACCCGCCGGAGCGGCGCAGCCGCUUCCGCCAUCUUGGGUAAGGGCAAAGAAGCCGCCCGCGCCUGCCCGUUGCCAUCACGGUUAAUGCCACACGGAUAAAGAUUGCCCUGUGGGUGACGAGAGACACAAGUUGUGAGGCUUCCAAGUCCUCCCAGUGCUAGUGAGAUUCCUGUCCUUGUGCAGACAGCUGUGCUCCGUGGGAGGAUUCCCAGAGCAUCCUGCGUGGCCUUGGAGGAGGUACGUCUUGGCCCACGCAUCUGUGAGGAUUAUUUCAGGUUCUGAGACAGAGAGAAAGGAUAUUCACUCACUGAUCUCUACCUGAGAGCAGGCUCAGUGAGACAGGACCCACCAGCAUGAACAGGAGUGCUGGAGACAGGAGCUGCGGUGAUGCCAGCUCACUUCACAUGGACCUCUCCAAACUCGUGACCUGGGCACACAGUCAUGGGGCCAUAUGCAGCCAGACCCCAGCCUUUGAAGGAGUGCAGAACACAGGUCACCCCAGGAAGAAGGGUUCUCUUCUGUGGAUGUGUGGAGCUGGACAUGCUUAUUACUGGCACUGUGAAAAACUGGAUGUCAGAAGCAAAGGAGGGAGUGAAGGUGUGAGAAAGAGAUCACCAUCUUCUGAGGCUUCAUCCAGUGCAACUAGUCUAGAUGAGAAGAGGUUGAGGAUGACUCCAUCUUUUGGGAGGGCCACAGCAAACACUGAGAGCACAGGGUCAGGCAGCAGCAGCUCUCCAGGUGGCACUCAGAGAGCUGACACAGUCUGUGUGACAGGCAGUGAACCAUCAGCCAGAGAAAAGCAAGCCAGAAGCAAACCCCUCAAGUCACAUCUUGCAGCAGGGCAGCAGCUGUCAGCAUCCAAUAGUGAGGCCAAAGCUGACAGAUGUGAGCUGAAGCUGGAAAGUGAGGAAGCUCUACAGAACAUCUCUGAGGAGGAACAGUGCAUGUCAGAUGAAGAUAGAGGAGACACAGCCAGAGGGAGUGUCCUGCUGGAGCCCCCAGAAGCUGUGACAGCUGCAGUAGGGCUGCAGAGGGAUCACAGCCAGAGGCUGGCAUUUAGCAAGCCAACAGCUGCCCAAACUUUGGGCUUUGUCCCCUCAGAAAAGCCACUCCUGACUCCUGCCUACAUCCCCACAUCCCCUGUCCCCAUCAAACCAGAGAGCCUGGACAGCAGCAGCCUCGUGUUGAGUCCUCCUAAUGCUGAGUGGUCUGUGACUGACACUUGGACAGGAAGAAAUUCUCCAGGGUCAGCAUCAUCUAAAGACCUUCUGAAGUGGGUUGAUGACUCCAACGCUGAAGCAAAGGCCCAGUGUGAGUCAUCUGCCUCUGUGUCAUUCUUUGCUUUUGAAGCCAUGGUAGAUGUCAAACAUCAAACCCAGCUGAGCCCUCCUGAGCAUGGCCCUCCAGGAGCCAGCUUAAAUGGGGCUGUUGCCAUUGAGGAGAGUGAACCCUGGGGAUCUGAGCAAGCAUCUCAUCCUCCCACCUCUGUGAGCUCCAGGAGCCAGAAGGCCAACCAUCUGCCCACAUCCUCCAGCAGAAGUGCAUCAGACAAGAGUGAGAAGAAGAGAAACCGAACCCAGGGCAGUAUCAAUGUCCUCAAGGCCUGGCUGGUUUCCCACCACCCCAAUGAGACUCGUGAGAUCUACGAGAUGCCACCUGAAGAUCUCAACUCUUACCUGGCCUCCUUCUACAGCUCUGCAAAGAAACAGAACGGCAGCGACUUCUGUGCCAGCACCUUGGCCUUCUUCCAGCUCAGCACAGACCGCUACCUCAGAGAGCACAACUACAGCUACAGCGUGGUGAAGGGGGUGGAGUUCAGAGCAGCUCAGGAAGCCCUGAAGCUGAGGCAGCAGCAGCUGUUUGAGAAAGAGAGAGAGGGAGAGUGGAGCCUCGUGGAGAGGCUGACGGAGGAAGAGGUGGCCAAGCUUCGCAAGAAAGGCCUUUUAAGUAAGAGGCAUCCGCAGGGCUUGCUCAGCCUCAUGCUCACCAACAUCAUCAGGGGGUUUGGGGCACAGGUGCACAGCCAGAGCCAUGCUCUCUACUGGGGCCAACUUGUGCUGACACAAGCUGAGGGGCAGCUGGAGUACCUGGAGUGGAAGGGCAGCCUGAGCGCAGAGCCCUGCGGCGAGGAGCCUCGGCCGCGCCUCUCUGCCAGACCCCACAGCCCUGCAGGCUGUCCCGUGGAGGAUUACAAGGAGUACACCAGGAGGAGGCCUCCGGACAUGCUCCAUGACUACGACCCACUCUACCUCACCCCCAAGCCUCUGUGCUCCGUGUGGGACCAAGCAUGGUUCUGCAGAAAGUCGCUGACCAGAAGCAACCUGGAGAAGAUCUUGAAAGUGAUCAUCGAGCAAGUCAAAGGACCUGGGAAGAAGGACAGGAAAUGAAGGGAUCUGCUCAGCUCCUGCUGUGCCUCUUUGUGGCAGUUUCAAAGCAGUCUGAGGUGUGAACUAUCAAUGUUUAGUGCAGCUUCUGUUGGGUUUCACCUUGGAAUCGUCUACAAACCUGUACCACCUUUGUGCUUAGGUUAAGUGAAAGCUUCUCUUGUUCUUUAUGUUGUUGGAGCUGCUAGUUCAGGGGAGUUAAAUCCACAGGAGUUGGGGGGGUUCAUGUUUGUAGAAGGAGUUUGUUUGCUGUUAUUAAUGAGAGGAUUAAGCAGGCAGUCUGAGCAGGGGGAGGGUCAGCUGGGGGGCCAGGGGUUGUACAAGGCCUUAACCUCAGUGGAAACCCACCAUAAAGGAGUAACAGAGGUUAGCUGUGGGGCAGGUGAGUGGUGCAGUGUUUGCCACCACUCCAGAGCUCAGGGGAUGCCUCCACUGAGUCCCUGUCAGUUUCUUAGUGAGAGAUUUGUAAAGUUACCAAGUUGUGACUGUUGUAAAACCUCCUUUGGCUGAUGGAUGGUGUUGGGCGAGGGGGAGUUGAUGGCAUUUCCCCCACUGUUAAAUACAGCAACAUCAGCACCCCUUG